GCCGAGCCGCGCAUGAUGAGGAAGUGCUCAUAGGCGAUUGGAGAUCUGACGAGCCUGACGAUGUUGGGGUUCAAUCUGUUUGGGCGCAUUUCAAAGUUUUUGUUCGAUUCAAGGGCAUCGGGAGGUGUGAGCAGCCAUCUUCCUGAAUUCAACGAGCAUGAAAAGGAUCUCGUCAAGCUGCUCCACAAUCUUGAGCGAUCAAGGUCUCACCUGCAACGGCUUGAAAGUUCCGGGUCGAAGGGGGAUAUGGUGAUCACAGCGCAAGCAGAUGUGAUUUCUCUGCAGCAAGAAGUUAUCGCCGCGUUGCAGCAUGUGAACGGAUCUUCGCACGGGCAUGAGAAGGAAGAGCCUGUUCAGCCCACGAAUGUGUCGGCUCAUCCCAGAAGACGCAGAGGCGCUGUCAGUUCUGAAAGCAUGGGGCCAGUUCUGGUUUCGGCAUCAAUAUCUAAAGUUGUCAUCCCGAAGGUGGAGCAGGAGAAGCAGAAGCUAGCUUCUGUUCUCAAAGAGAUGGUGAUCUUCAGUGACGUGCACGAUGAAGACAUCCAUGCUCUGGUAGAUGCGUUCGCGCCGGAAUGGUGUGCGGCAGAGACCGUGAUCAUGCGCAAGGGAGACAUGGGCGACAAGUUCUACAUCGUUGACAAAGGAGUGUGUGAUUGCUUCGUUGCGAGUGCAGAAGGCGGGUCAAUGCUCAUAUGUACAGUGACAGAGGGCAAAGGCGUUGGAGAACUUGCCCUUCUCUACAAUGCCCCCCGGGCCGCGACCGUAGUGGCAAGAACCGAUUGCUACUUGUGGUCUUUGGACCGGGGCACGUUCCAGUGCCUUGUGCUGUCUGCCACCGCCCGGCGACGGAGACAGUACAAAGAGUUCCUUCGCGGCGUACCCAUCCUGUCCAACCUGACGGCGGAGGAGCUUGCGAAGGUGGCAGACGUGAUGGAAGCCAAGUGGUUCGAGGGAGGAGAGUACAUAAUUGAACAGGGGGAGGACGGUGAUACCAUGUUCUUCAUCGAGGAGGGUUCGGCCAUAGCCACCAAGAAUGCCGGGCCGGGCAGGCCCUCUAAGAAACUGAUGGAUUUCUCCAAGGGAGACUACUUUGGUGAGCUAGCACUGAUCCGCAACGAGCCGCGAGCAGCCAACGUCAUCGCAGUGAGUCGGUGCAAGGUCUGCAUCAUUGACAAGCAAGCCUUCGUUCGGCUCCUCGGCCCUUGCCUGGAGAUCAUGAGCCGCAGGAUCCACCUGUACGAGGCGUUCUUGGAC